AUGUCGUCUUCAACUUCUCCAAUCUUCAAAUCUGCCCUCGGUGUACCAGGAUACGCUCUGGUGACAGGCGCCGGUUCCAGUAUUGGCCGAUCCAUCUCAUUACUCCUAGCACGCGAGGGUUGCGCCGGCAUUACAUUGGCCGGCUUCGACGAGAUGGCGGCCGUGGCAGUCACAGACGAGCUCACCAAGAUUGCAACAAACCCAGAGUUCAAGGCAGUCGCGGUCCAUGCAGAUGUCCGAGACAAGAAGUCGGUCAAGUCAAUGAUUGACGCAACAGUCACGACGUUUGACAUAAUUGAUUAUGUUGUCAACUGUGCUGGCAUUGGUUUCAAAAAGGCUGCUGGUGAUACAGAGACGCCAGACUGGUAUAGGAUUAUCGGCAACAAUUUGACUGGUGUCUUCUUCUGUAUCCGUGAACAGAUUCGACAGAUGGAGACUCAAGAACCCUGGGACAAUGGGUAUGUGGUAUCCCUCGCGCGCCAGCGCGAGUGUGUACUUGACUCAGCUGACAGAAUUAAAAGUACCUAUGCCCCCUUGCAACGCGGUUCUAUCGUCAACAUCGCGUCACUAGCUGCUGCAUCAGGUCUCUAUCAUUCGGGUGCGUACACCGCUACAAAACACGGCGUUCUGGGACUGACUCGAACAUUAUCUCUGGACCAUCCCCAAGUAAAGCAGAAUGCAGUUGUUCCUGGCUGGAUCAAAACCCCUCUGACAGACGCAUCGGGAGAGAUGAGAAAUAAUGCCCGAGAUAAGUCCAAUAACUAUACACCUCUCAAGCGGUUAGGACUCCCAGAGAAGGUUGCAGAAGCAGUAGUAUGGCUGCUGGGAGACUGA